AUGCCAUUAACCACUACACCAACAGCAACGGCAGCAGAAGCAGCAGUAGCAACGACGACCACGACGAAGACAACGUUACAAGCUACAUGGUAUUCCAAUAUAAUUACGGUUGCCGGUGGCAAUGGCGCUGGUUCUUUACAAAAUCAGUUAAAUUCUCCCGCUGGCAUUUCUGCGGACAGUGAGGGAAAUUUGAUUGUUACUGAUUAUGGUAAUGAACGUAUACAAAUGUUUUUUAAUAAUGGAACAAUUGCAAAUGCAAUAGUUACCGGUGGAUCUCCGAUAAAUGUAUUCUUUGAUAAAUUUGGUAGUACAUACAGUGCAAGUCGAGGUGGCAGUUCUGCACUCUCCAACGGGUACAUUGAUCGAAACGGUAGUAUUUAUGUAGCUGAUACAGAAAAUAAUCGUGUGAUGAAAUGGGUUGUGAAUGCAAAUCAAGGUAUUGUUGUUGCCGGUGGUAGUUUGGGCUUUCUAGCAGUCGGCCUUUGGUAUCCUUCUGGUGUUUAUGUUGAUGAAUUGAAAAAAAUUGGUGCUGUUUACGUUUCUGAUACGAUGAAUAAUCGAAUACAGAAGUGGAGUCCUCCAAAUCAUCCCGUCGGACUUAUUUACGAUGCAAAUACUAACUAUCUAUACAUUGCUGAUGCAGAUAAUAAUCGCAUAUUAAAAUGGUCACCAUAUUCUUCAACAGGACAGAUUAUUGCUACGGGUUUAUCGAGGCCGACGGGAAUUUCAUUCGACUCAAACUGGAAUUUAUAUGUAUCAGACUACAAUAAUAAUCGUGUACAAAAGUUUCUAUAUAAUCCAUCGUCGUGUCCAAAUGGUCGUUGA